AUGUGUUUGCACCCCGCCGUCCACAUCUGGAAGACCGCCUUGACAGCCCGCUUCCUUCCUCAGAAGCCACCCGUCACCACCCUCGACACCCCCGCCCAGCUUUGGCUAAUUGCAUCCCGCAUUCGUCGAGCCCCCGCCCGAGCCCCCGCCCGCACCGCCCGCGAGCGGCGCUCGAUCGGCCCCACCCCGCGCCGCACACCCGCGCCCUCGGUGGCCGCAUGCGGGUCGAAGCGAGCACUGGCGAGGGCUGCUCGGCGCUGGCGUGGCAUAUGUCGCCGGGGAGAUGACACUGGACUGGAAAUAGCACGCACCGCAGCUCACUCGUCCUUUUUGGUUCCGUCAUGCAAGGAAACGCGGAUCUCCCCGGCCCUUCCCGUCUGGGGAUCAACGCCCUCUCGACUCUCGCACUCACCUCCGCGCUCCGCGCGCCACCAUUCCUCCCUCGUCCCAGCCUCCUCGGCUCGCAUCUCUCAUCGCAUCGUACUCGCCCAUCCAUUCGCCCCGAACAACGAGCGCACCUCGUUCGAGAAUGAGAGCGAGGACGCCAGCAAACGCCCGAUCCACAUUCCCCGAGGAAUUGAACGAGCUUCGGCGUUCGAAAAAGGCCCAGCCAAGAAGCCCAUCAAUCGCGAUGCCGGCGAUGCGACGAUGAGAUCACGCCCUCGACGCACGACAAAGCACCCCAGCCGUCCGCCCGGAUACCUCCGGCCCGCUCCACAGCGCCGCGGAGGCACCCCGACCACGACACCUGCCUAA